AGCAAAUCUUUUAGUCAUAUCUUCUUAGGCUUUUAGUUAGGCUGUUCUUGAGUUCUUAGCUCCUAAAGGUAUGCAAUCGUACAUUAAUAAUGUAGUUGACAUUUACUUUCUUUGACAUAUUAAGAGGAACGAACCGGUGGCGUUGGGUUAUCAUUUGGUGGGUAAAUAGUGGCAAAAAAUAUUGAAAUCCAUUUAUAGAACAAGAACGAAAUCGACUUUUUAAAAAGCAGAUUACGGCCAAAGGUAUACUUUUAGACGGUAAAUUUAAAAAGGCGCCCAAAAGUAUGCAAUUGUAUGUUGUAGUUUCUGAUGAGAAUUUCAGGACGUUCGGGAGGAUCAGUGAUCACAUGCUAUAAGAACUUUGAAAGUGAAGCGGAACGAUAUAAUUCAUUCAAAAUCUUCAAAAGGUAUUCACAGUCCCAUCACAGUAAAUAUUGGUCUGGUAUUGACUACAUUAAUAAUUUUUCAAGUACGAUCCUCACGAUCAAAGCGUUUUUAAUAUCAAAUAAAUAAAAACUAUUGAAUCUGUUUUUAUCUAAAGUAUAUUUUCUCACCCCCAAAGACCGUUCAGUAAGUUCACCUCGAGAAUAAAUAUGCUUUAGAUAAUAAAAAAAACCGCUUUUCAAAACUCUUGCCCACACCUAACCGUGCAGCUAAAUGGUUUUAAAGCAAAACCACAGCAACGAGUAAAUACUUCUUUCUAAGCGCAAACAUGCGUGCAAUACCGGACAGAGGACCGAACCAGUAGGGGAGUGCAGAAAAAGAAUUCCAACCAAAGUAAUUAGCAACAGAAGAUUAGCAAUGAACCGAUCGACCACAUCCUCUCUUGGAUGCACUAAACGAGGUGGCUACUUUCAACUUUAGCUAAAUUAAAGAAACAACAAUAUUAACACACACACUCAUACAUGUGUGCUCAUAUUUCUUUUGUGUUCUGGACUAUUUUUAAAGAAGCUACCGAUCGUCCAUAUGGGUAUGUGUUUCCCCAAUUUUCCUCUUGUUUUUUCUGUUUCGUCUCCAACAUUCGCGAGUGCUGAUUGAUGGGGUCUUAAUGGGUUGAUUUGUAAGCGAUUGGAUACUGCUGUUGGGUGUGUAAAUUACGCUUUUGAGCUUGUGUGAUGGGUUUUAAUUAUAAGAUCUUCACGCAUCCGCUAUCUUCCAAGGACGUCGAUAAUCCUAUCCGCUCAAGGGCACUGUUUUCGGUUCGUUUAAACCCAACUCAAGAUUAUGUGUGAUCGAAUUAUGCAUCUCAUCGUAUCGGUGUAUGAGUAAUACGGUUCGGUUUUCUUUCGUUUCAUCACGAUCGAAUGACGCCAACGGUUCUAGUGUACCAGCACACAGUUGCACUUGCAAAUCUCAAGUGGUUGGCACGAAUCAGGAAGUCAGUUCUGUGCCGGAUCCGUUGCACAAAAUGUGUUUCACCCUACAAAACCCGAUAGCAUUAAUCGCACACUACAGGAUACAGGCCAAAUGGGAAAUGCAGCCUGUCAAAAAUGCUUUCUCUGCUGCAUGGCACAUUCGUGCACAUUCGCUUGCUCUAGUGCUCUCUAUGAAGAUGUAGCAGACGAGAGUAACGUCAAGAUCUGCUGCUUGGCUGAUAGUGCGGUGUGUGUGUGUGCUCCACGGAGGCUUUAUCGCUUGGUGAAUUACAACAAACCGAUCACAUGUUGUGAGUGUAAGACGCCACACAGUUGCUAUUUUUAAUUGCGCUCACUUAGUCGCUCUUAUAAAGCUGCGAGAAGGAGAGAGAGAGUGUGUAACAAUUACACCAACAGUACGAUUGUCCUGCAGAGUGUAAAUCUGUCCAGUGAUGAAGACGCCCCCGGCGUGAACAUAGUGCAUUAGUGACAAAGAAUAAACAAAACGGUCCACGGUUUUCAUGGACUUUUCCAUGAGUGGAAAAUAAUAUUCAAGGUUUUAACACAAAGGACUAUUGUUCGUGUCUAUAUUUGAUCGUAUUGGUUGCAGUGUGCUUAGAAUAAAAUGGUUGAGAUACUUUACGAAAAAGUGCUGCACGAAAUCAAACAGGGCAACAUCAUUGAUCGGCAAAAGAAGCUUACCCAGAAGAGCCUCUAUGCCUACAUCCAGGAAGCAUUCGGUGUGGACGAAACAAGACAUGCCGUGCUGGAGCAGCGUGUCGACACCAUGCUCGCGCAGGACAUCUAUCUGCGGGUGGAAAUUAUGGAGGCCAAACUGAACCCACCACCGGACGCACCCGAGCAGCUACUGCCGAACGCGUUCGUGAUCGUAUAUCUGCAGGAGAAACCACGGGAAACACAUCGGACCGCCACAAUACCGAGCACGCUGAAUCCCACGUGGAAUCAACAGUUUCCGGUAGCCGUAAAACAGGACACGAAGGAAACGCUUAUCAUUGAAGUGUUCAACAACUCCAACAAUCCGAACAAAUUCCUGAGAGCUUUGCGCAUCGCAAGGAAGUAUCUGCUGUCGCUGUUUAAUCCGGUCGCUUCACACGCUAAAAUGAUUGGACGAGCGAGCAUUCCAUUAGAGUCCAUCACAUCGACGGGAUUGAUAUCGUGGUACAAUCUGGCGAAGAAGAAAAAACCCGACCCGCAAGGUACGCUGAAGGUGAAAUUUUUCUUCACUUCCAAGCUGGAAAAAGCCACCGCAAAGCACGAAUACGAACAGAUGCUACGCUGCAUUCUCGAGUAUGAGCUGCGCAGUUCAAGUGUGGCCCGUUACUGGUGGGCCGGUAAGCUUACGAGUGAAGGUGAAGCCAUCCUGCAGCAGUACACCAAGUGUGCCAAUCUAAAUGCCACUGAGCAGACGCUAAUUGCGUGGUUCGUUUACACGCAAGUGCAUCUCACGUAUCCGCUGUCGAUCAGCUUGCUCGAAAGCGUACUGGACAAGCUGUGCGCUGGGUACGAUGUGGCACUAACGUCGGAUGAAGAGAGGGAACGCUUUUGGGACGGUAUGCGCCGUAUCCUGCCGUCCUGUUUGUCGAUCAUUGUGAAGAUGCGUAAACGAUUGGCCGGUGAUAAGGAUAUCGUUAAAACGGUUACCGCUGUGCUGCAGUUGGUUUCGAAGGCGGACCAGUUGGCUGCACGGAAGGGAGCUAAUCUGUUUUCCGACGCUACCGUACGCGCCUUAAAACAAAUCGCACUGGACUGUACGAAACAUUCCACUAUGAAGGAAGCUAUAGUGCUGGCAGUUCAGCUCGGUGCAAGAACCUGGUUCGAGAUGGCCCUUUCGUCUGCCAUUGAAGGUAGCCAGUCGAAUGAAGACAAACUGCGCUCGCUAAUAAAGUUCGUACAGCUGCUGCAAUCUGAUCUUCUGCGUGCCAAGACGUACUACGAUGGAGUCUUCAAGAGCGUAAUGGACAUUGACUAUAGUCGGGAGAUUUGCAUCCAGCACGAGGCACGUAUCGUUUCCCAUCUGCGACCGAUCGUACAGACGAUCUGCAAUGGUUUCAAGAAGAUUACGCUCCGGAUGGAGCAGCUGGAGCGCCGGGCCGAAAUGGAAAGUCUCGACAUGAGUUCCACCCUGUUCGAACUGUACCUGAUACUGAAGCUAUUUCUCCAGCAAACGGACACGGUCGUACAGAGUGCACACAAUCCAUACAUCGUCGAAUUUCACCAAUGGUUCCGUGGUGGUAUCGUGUACUAUCUGGAUGUUUUUGCGAUAAAGACAAUUUCACGCGUAGUUACCGUGCUGGAGGAAGAUGAUCUUCGCAAGGUUGAACCGUUGAGCAAUGGUCGGCUAAAAUGUUCAUCUUCCACACGGGAGAUAUUGGAAAUUAUAUCACAGAUCAAGAUCUUCUGGGAUCAGCUAGCGUGGCCGGAUAAGGAUGAGAUGAAGAAGUUCCUGAAGCGAAGCAUUGGUGAUAUUUGUAGCUGUUGCAUUUUCUAUGCCGAUCGUUUGCUUUCCAAGGUGAAAACUUUAGAAGGAUCGUCCACUAAUGCUACGGGAGGAAUAAACUCGGCACAGCUAGCAACGCUAGAACGAUCGCUUGUAGUACUCUCGAAUGUGAGCAUUCUGAUCGAAAGCUUAGUACGAUUACCGCAAGAACUAGGGUACAGUCAACCGUCUGCUGCUAGCGGUGCGGUAACAGACACAACGGAAAAGCCACGCAAAACUUCCCUCGAGCAGCUGAUGGCCGAUGAGAUGUUACCGAUCGAUGGAUUAGCGAGCUGGCGGCAGAAGUGUGUUCGCUACAUUGCCGAUCACGUCACACAGACGACGCGUGGUUUUAUAAUUGCCUGCAGUGAAGUAACCAUGAACGGUGGAAGUCCCAACGGCAACACCGGAACAACGCUGGCCGGUGGAUUCUUUUCCAGCAAACAACACCCAUCGCCGGUAGAGAAUGUGGAGCGAUUGCGGCACUGGAUCGUACAGUCGUCGACGUUGCUUACCGAGGGCCUAACAGAAGCGGAUCUGCACACAGUCGAACAAGAUCUGUGGACAACUCUCGAGACAACAAUGGAUGAAAUUAUUAAAAAGCUUCUAGAGAAAAAAGACUCCCUCGCAACGUUCCAGCGAUUGCGGACCUGUUACGAACAGCUCAUCCAGCACUACUUCAGCACACUAAGUGAAACGAUCGCUUGCUCUACGAUCGGCGAACGGUUGGAAACGUUUAGCUGCACCACGAAUGAGCUUAUCCACCGAUACUACUUGGAGCGUGUCCGGCAACAGGAUCAGCUGGAGGAGCCCGAAAAUGGACAGCUUACCGUACGCUGCUGGUUCCAACCGGAUGGACUACAGAUUAAGGUGCUUCGGGCGGAACAGUUGCGAUUGCCGAAGGACUACAAACAUUCGUGUGACAGUUACGUGAAGAUUAAUGUGCUGCCACCGGAUCAGUUCGGUGCACCGUUGCCCGAAUUGAAGACAAAAACUAAAUCGAAGAACUUUUCACCCAUUUACAACGAAACGUUCACACUGAAAAUUAAUCCCGUCCAACAUUCCUUGAAGGACGCACUGCUGAUGCUAAACGUGAAGGUGUCCGAGCUGCUUGGACUCAGCCAGAAGCAUAUCGGUGAAUGUUUUCUACGUCUCGAUGCCAUUCCGGUGGUACGCGAUGCUAGUGAAGCACACGAGAUCGCACCCAUCACCAUUCCACUAAGUCUCCCGUUCACUAUCGCUUCAUACUCCGUUACCGCACUCGAAAAUCGAAACCAUGACAAAAUGGCGGCACAGUUUUUGAAAAAACUUAAACAAAAAAUGGGCAUCGCACCGUACACGAUGAGUACGCUCAGUUUGUGAACGUCCUCACUUCACUUUAUCGUGAUUAUAGUUGGAACAAUUAAUGUGCCGCUAGCGUUAAUGUACUUGGUGGCAUUAAGAUAAAUGAUACAGGGAUAUCAUGUCUUACUUUUAAUUUUUAGUUAUAGCUGUCCAUUUUUGAGCGCAUUGUGUUACUUUUUUUGAUACAAACAAUUUUAAAACUGAUAAUAAUUUAGUCGUGUCGGCAUGUUUUCAUUUUUCUUCUUGCAGUUUAAUAUAAAUACAAUAUGUAAAGUGUACCACUACUCACACACGAAUGUUGUGCAAUAGAAUUAAACAGUUUCAUACAAAACCAAUAAAAGAGCAACAUGUUGUGAACUAA